AUGACAGACAAGCGUCCCCAUCCGACCCGCACAGUUUCGGACGUAAGUCCCAGAUUCAACAAUAUCAACAGUCUAGUGGCAGCAACAAACAAGAACGACCGUUUCAAGCUACUCGAGGAUGAGAGCAUAACAUUAGGAGACCUUGAUAACCCUAUACAUCCUAUAUUUCGAUCCCUCGAUUGUGAUGGACCUCGGAAGAGAACAUUCCAGCUUGCUUCGCAGUUCCUGACCUUCGAUUCGGUCCUCGCAUUCUUCAUACCCCUGCUCUACGGACACGAGCUAACUGAUUCCCGAUCGGGAAAGACUUACCUAUCUGAUCCUUCAGCCAAUGUGUCGGAUGCGAAGCGAAACAAUUACAUCACCGGCAUACACAAAGCUUUGCGUUGUCUUGCGCACUGUGUAGAGAUCCGAUUCGAGAAGCCUGAGAAGCGACGAAAGGUCGGCGUCAGGAUCGAGAUCGCAGACGUGUUUGACGAUUUCUAUAAUGACGGCGGUGGAUAUGCAGCCAGUUCACACUGUGGUCAACUUCGACAUGAUUUUCUUUUUGCAGUCACGAUUUUGCACGAGAUUGUGCAUGCUGUCGGUGUCAUGCGACGCGGCCACUUGGUUGAGCCAUGCUGUCGACUUCAGGAUCCAGACAUAGAGUGGGGAUACUCAUGGGAGAACUUCAUGUUCGGAGGCAUAAUCAAUCCCCAAGAUAGAACGAGGCCCGGCACCCAUCUCUUGAUGCGCAAGAUAUGGGCUGGUUCGAAAAUAGCAGAUGCAGCGGGUGGCAAGGAGUACUGUGAUGUGCCAAUGUCUUAUGUUGCACAAUGGUUUUGCAAAAGCACUUGGGAGAUUAUUGAAAAAUCCGAUCCGACCGCCAUUCCAUUGCCUGUCAGCCACUUCAAGAUCCAGGCUUCUAUGAAACUUAAUCGUUGGAUAGUACUUACUGACUGUAAAGAUACGCGACAAAGUAUACGAGAUCUCCAACGAGAAUGGAAUCAGCGCGCUCGAGAGGAAGAAGCGAAUGGCCGACCUCAAGCGACAUCGCAUAAGAUUACGUGGCGUCUUCGAACAAAAGAGCAGCUGCAAGAGUCGAAUGUUCCCAUCCCAUUGCGUGUAGCUAGGAGAAGAGGAAGUUUAAACAAAUGUUUGAAAGGCGCAAAGAAGAUACAAGGGGCGCCUCAACAAGAGCCGCUCGCUGUCUGUCGGUCGUCUUCUCCAAACAAAGCCCGCAACUCUCGCAAGCGAGGAGCUGACCCGUGUCAGGAGUCUGAUCGACCAAGUAAGGUUAUCAAGCAAUGA